AUGCUCGACCUCAAUGCCUUUCGAGUCGACGCGGGUGGCGAUCCGGACGUCGCGCGCGAGUCACAGCGCCGGCGCGGCGCCAGCGUCGACGCGGUCACCGCCGUUGUCGACCUGGACAGCCGGUGGCGUGAGCAGCUGCAGCGGAUCCGCGCCGUGCGGUCUGAGGCGGGCGCAGAGGCUGCCUCUGCGGCCACCGCCGCCAGGGCUCCUGGCUCGAGCAGCGAGACGCGAGCUGCGGCGGCGCGAGCGAAGCGAGAGUUGGCCGACCGACUCAACCCUCUCGAGCAGGAGGAGCGCGCGCUCCGGGGCGAGCUGCACCGGGCCACCUGCCGCGUGGGUGCUCUCGUGCACGAGCAGGCUCCCGUCCGGCCCGAGCUUCUCGCGCUGCAGG